AUGACCGUGACCACGGUUCCUGCCUCGGCGUCUCCUCGAGCCUCCACAGACCCGUCCUUCUCAUCCCUUUCAAACCCACCGCCGACGACGACGACGACGACGACAUCGCAACAUCCCCACCACCGCCAGCACCGCCGUCCACGAUCCCAGACACCGCCCCGCCCGGGCCGCGGCCCAGACGGCGGCCCGCCGGCGGACGACCAAGACGUCUACGUCCUGACGCUCCUCACGGACCCGGGCCUCCAGGCCCACAUGUCCGGGCUGCGCCGGCGCUACUUCCCGCCCGCCCGCCUCAAGGUCGACGCCCACGUCACGCUGUUCCACGCGCUGCCGGGUGCGCGGCUGGGCGAGCUGCGGCGCGACCUCGCGGGCCUCGCGGGCGCGACGCAGCGGUUCGGUAUGUGCGUCGCCCGCGAGGGCGUGUUCCGCAUGGGCAGGGGCGUCGGAGUCGGGGUUGAUGCGCGGGCCGGGGAGCGGGCUCGCGGGCUGAGGGAGGGCUUGAGAUCGAAGUGGGAGCCGUGGCUCAGCGACCAGGACCGCAGGAAGGCGUGGAACGGCCACUACACGGUGAUGAAUAAGGAGAACGACUCUGAGAAGGUGGAGGUGUGCUUGGAGCAGUUGAAGGGUGGGUUAUCUGACAGCACGGGCGAGGUCAGGGGGCUGAGGCUGUGGCGCUACGAUAGGGGGUGGUGGAGGGAGGCCGAGGAUUUUUUAUUCAGGGGUAUGCAAGAUACGGAUGGGGAUGGUAUGGGGCAAAGGUGA